AUGGCAGCACUCUCAGCGACCAUGCAGGAGCUGCAGCGCCGCAAGGCCCAACGGUCAACUUCGACCCCCUGCUACCCGCCUGACCCUGCCCACCGCCCCGAUGCCAUCCUUUCACGCAGCCUGAGCAGCGACUGGACGAUGCUCACGAGGAUGGGCAGCGACGACGAGCAGUCCUUCCAGACGCCCGCCGAGAAGGAGAGCGCCAGGCGGAUGGCCGAGGCGAUGGUCCAUUUCCGCGAAGUUCUUGCCCAGCCCACCAUCGACAUCGAUAAGCUCAAGCACCUCAGCCACUCGGGAGUGCCAGGCAAGAUAAGGCCUGCCAUCUGGCCGCUGCUUCUGGGUUAUUGGCCAACCCGAUACGGCGCGCGCAAGGAAACGGUACACAAGAAGCGGGAAGAGUAUCGACGGCUUCUCGCGCAGCACCUGAAGAACGAGAAGGACAUGAACCAAGAACAAAGGAAACUGUGGCAUCAGGUCAAGAUUGAUGUUCCGCGUACGACGCCCAAGGGCUUCAUGCUCGUCUUUCACCACAAACGCAUUCAGAGGGCCCUCUCCAAUAUUCUCUACUUGUGGUCUAUCUUGCGACCGGAAAUCGACUACUUUCAGGGUCUGAACGAUUUAUGCGUGCCCUUCAUACUCAUCUUGCUCUCGCGCUACGUCGGUGGCGAUAUCGACGCAAUCAACGUGUACCAGCUCGACACACUGUCCAACGAGAAUAUGUUGGCUGUGGAGGCGGACACCUUCUGGUGCAUGUCCCACUUCCUGGCCCACAUCCAGGACAACUUUGUGAUCAGCAACACCGGCAUCGAGGCCAUGAUCAACAAAAUGGAGGAACUGGUGCGUAUUCACGACGAGCCGCUGUACCGACACCUCAAGUCCGUCGGUAUCGACUUCUUGAUCUUUGCCAUGCGGUGGGUCAUCACUCUCCUGGUCCGCGAAAUGCCCAUCAAGAGUCUCAUACGCCUGUGGGACAGCUACCUUUGCAAGACGGCGCAGAUGGUGACCCUGUUCCACCUCUGCGUGUGCGCGGCCUUCCUCACCACCUGGAGCGACCGCCUGCGCAAAUUCGACUUUUCCGAGGCCGUCAUCUUCCUGCAGCACCUGCUGAUCGCGCGCGCCAAUGUGGUGAUGGCCGAAGAGCAGAUCUACACCCACCUGUGCGUGGUGUGCAGCUCGAUCAUCAUCGUGCUCAUGCUCGUGCUGGUGAUAGUCGUCUUCGUCGUCCUCCUGUGCCUCCUCGCGCUCACCCUCUCCGCCCGCGCCGCCGCCGCUGCCAUCCAACGCUCGUCGCAAGAGAUCCACCACAUCAUGGCUUCGGCAUCGUUGUCGCCGUCCUCAUCGUCAUCAUCAUCGUCGCCGUUGUCUUUCUCCUCUUCUUUCUCUCCGCCGGCCUUAAUGUCGGCGUCGCUGCCCUUCGCCUCGGCCUUCCCGCCCGUGGCAUCACCGCUCCUACUCCCGCCUCCACGCAUGGGCUCGUCGCUCCUGCUCGACGACUUUGACCUCGAGCUCGACUGA